AUGACAGAAAAAUCAAAAAUUCUACAAGCUGUUCGAGCACAAGCCAUCUUAUUCGUUCUCAUCUUUCAUUUGAGACCAAAUUUUCUGCCCAAUGGAUAUCUUGGUGUUGAUAUGUUCUUUGUUCUUUCUGGAUACUUGAUCACAAAAAUCUUGUCGAUUUCGGCACUUGAUAAGCAAUCUGUGGAUGUGAGAUUGUUCUAUGAGAAACGCAUCAAACGGAUUAUACCCCUUUACAUG